UCAUCCUGCAGUGGUUAGUGUGGAGAAAAUAUUUUGAGUGGCAUAUUUGGGCUUCUCUGAUACCCAUUGUUGGGGGGAUUCUUUUGACCUCUGUAACAGAGCUUAGUUUCAACAUAUUUGGAUUUUGUGCUGCCUUGUUUGGUUGUCUGGCUACAUCUACAAAGACUAUUCUAGCAGAGUCGCUACUUCAUGGAUAUAAAUUUGACAGCAUAAACACAGUAUAUUACAUGGCACCCUUUGCAACCAUGAUACUGGUUGUUCCAGCAAUGGUGCUCGAAGGAAGCGGAGUUAUGAACUGGUUUUACACUCACCAAUCAAUUUAUUCGUCAUUGAUCAUCAUUUUCUUCUCAGGAGUGCUGGCCUUUUGUCUCAAUUUCUCUAUAUUUUAUGUCAUCCACUCAACAACUGCUAUUACUUUCAACGUUGCUGGCAAUCUCAAAGUUGCAGUUGCUGUUUUGGUCUCAUGGCUUAUCUUCCGGAACCCAAUUUCUGCUCUUAAUGCUGUUGGAUGUGCAAUCACACUUUCCGGCUGCACGUUCUAUGGAUAUGUUAGACACAAGCUUUCUCAGCAACCUGCUGUUCCUGGAACACCACGUACUCCACGCACCCCCAGAAGUCGAAUGGAGAUGCUACCACUUAUAAAUGAUAAACAAGAAGUUUAACAUCAUACAGAUAUUUAUUCACCUGAUCUAACUGUUGAUUGGCAUUGAUGAUAGAUGUACUUCAGAGGAGAGAAAGUACAAGCUGUGGUUACCUUUGUAUUUCCAUGUUCCACAAACCCAAGCCCAGCUUUUAGUCAGUUACAGGCACUACAUUGGAAGCAAAAAAAUACAGCAGCUGUGAGGGUGGUUUGAUUUUUCAGUUGCCAUGUACUCGUUAUGGCUGUUCAAAAUUAUACUCAAGAAAGAGGCUUUUCUUGUUGUUCCUCGUGAUUAUAUCAACUUUAUCUUAUUUAAUACAAGGAUAUGCUGUUAUAGGCAUGUACAUACUGCA